UCGCUCCGCCGUUCCUGCCCGACGAGCUUUGAAAAGCUGCUACUCUAAUGAAACCCAACCCGGGCAGCGUGAGCCCUAAGAUGGAAGGGUAGCCCAAGGACUGCGGUCUUUUGUUCUGUUGCAGCUGGGUUUGCGGUUGCUAGGGGCGGCAUCACUGUCCACAUCUCCCUACCAAGAUUUAUGAUAAAACAGAGAAACCAUGUCUGCUCUCCGAAUAUACCGAGAACUACCCUUGCUAUCACUCUUACCUGCCCAGAGAGUCCUUCAAGCCAAGGCGGGAGUACCAGAAAGGGUCUAUACCAAUGGAAGGCCUGACUACAUCAAGGAGAGAUUUUGGGCCUCACAAAGUGGCACCAGUGAAGGCCCACCAGUAUGACCAGUUCGUCCCAAGUGAAGAGAAUAUGGAUUUGCUCACGACGUAUAAGAAAGAUUACAAUCCCUACACUGUCUGUCGAGUGGACCCCAUCAAACCUCGGGACAAUAAAUAUCCAUAUAGCAACAAGAUGGAGUAUUUGCCUACUUAUAAAGCUGAUUAUUUGCCUUGGAAGCAACCAAGGCGACAGCCACUUCGUCUGGAACACAAAUACCAGCCAGCAUCAGUCAGGUUUGAUAAUAGGACCACACACCAGGACGAUUACCCCAUAAAAGGCCUUGUGAAGACUGUGAGCUGUAAACCUCUGGCCAUGCCAAAGCUCUGUAACAUCCCCUUGGAGGAUGUGACUAACUACAAGAUGAGCUACGUGGCCCACCCCGUGGAGAAGCGCUUUGUGCACGAAGCAGAGAAGUUCAGGCCCUGUGAAAUCCCCUUUGAAAGCCUUACCACUCAUAAACAAUCCUAUCGGGGCCUGAUGGGUGAGCCUGCUAAGAGCUUGAAACCUCUAGCCAGGCCCCCUGGGCUAGACAUGCCUUUCUCUAACACCACUGAGUUUCGAGAUAAGUACCAAGCUUGGCCAACGCCCCAGAUGUUCUCCAAAGCUCCCAUCACCUAUGUCCCUCCUGAAGACAGCAUGGAUCUUCUGACAACCGUGCAGGCCCAUUACACAUACCCUAAGGGUGUCCCAGCUCGGUCCUGCCGACCUGCACCUCAGAUUAGGAAAAGCGGUCGCUUUGAAGGCUCUUCCACCACCAAGGAUGACUACAAGCAGUGGUCCAGCAUGCGCACAGAGCCAGUCAAGCCCAUUCCCCAGCUGGACUUUCCCACCGAGCCCUUGGACUGCCUGACCACCACUCGGGCUCACUAUGUGCCCCACCCGCCUAUCAAUACCAAAAGCUGUAAGCCUCAUUGGUCUGGCCCUCGAGGAAAUGUCCCUGUGGAAGGCCAGACCACUUACACCAUCAGCUUUACUCCCAAGGAAAUGAGCAGGUGCCUAGCUUCAUAUCCUGAGCCUCCUGGCUACACCUUUGAGGAAGUGGAUGCUUUGGGACACAGGAUAUACAAGCCGGUUUCCCAGGCAGGCUCUCCGCAGAGCAGCCAUCUUUCUGUGGAUGAUUCAGAAAACCCCAGCCAGAGGAAGUUGGAAGUGUCAGCCUGAUUUUGAAAAAUUGUAAUUUAGAAAUUACACAGUACUUUUAAAAGCAGACAACUGAGAAUUAUUUGUUGGACAAAAAAAGAAUUCCCUAAAAUGACAGAAAAAAACAAAAAACAAAAAAAACCUUCACCACUUCCAGAGCACUUGAAUAAAAUGAGAAUUACUUGACUCAGGGAAAAUGACAUUUAAUCACCGGCUAAUUAACUCCCCUUAACUUCUCUUUUACUGCAUCCCCACUCCGUUUCAGGUUCUUUACUUUGUGCUUAUGGAAUCAAAAUUGGUCUCUGAGGUUUUCUCUGAUCCAGAUGUAUUUUAUUUAAUCAUUGUAUGAACGGACAUAAUGAUUAACCCUUGCCAAGUAUGAAGCACCAAAGAAUAAAUUUUAUUUUGGGGGGAAUGAAUCUGUAGCUCUGUGUGUUUACACCCAUGUGCUGGCUGUGCAGACAUUAGUCUGUAUUGCUUGGGACCUUUGGGAAACUUUACGUUAGCAUCCCCACUGUGUGUCAGUAUUGGUGGAGGUGCCUUGGGCCUGGUCUGGUGUCUUGUUUUGGGUUCUCUGUGUGCAGGGCUGCUUCACAAAGCAUCCUUCUACCUCUUCACUGCCUGACAUACCAGCAAGAAUACUGCUGUUCGAUGGGGUGUGGAUGUCUUUGGUCACAGGUGAUGGAGGGAAAGAAAGAGGGAGGCAGGGAUGCAUGAACCUACCAGACCUCUCCCCAACCCCAAGCCAGUACAGGCUAUGAUUCCAGGGAGAGGAGGGAGGAAAAGCAGCCUUGGCAAGCAGGCAGUCAACACCUGGUCCUUGAGCUGUGAGCAAAAGCUGUGGGCUCUUCUAAAUGCUCAGAGCCUGGAAGAAAUUGCCCCAGGCUGGCCUGGUUUCUGGAGAGCCUGGAUGUGCUUGUCCUAAAAUGACAGCUGUGACCAGACCUGUGGCAAAGUUAGACCUAGUGGUGAGCCAGAUUCCACCCUGGAGUUUCUCUCUUGAGCCUAAGGUUUUUUACCACGUUUGUUUCUAAGGCCAAGUAAUUUAAAGCUAUUUUAUUUAUAUUUUUUUAAUUGAGCAAAAUUGAGGAGGGACUUUGUUAAAGAGGGUCCCAUACAGCCAAUUAACUUGCAGAUUUUGUUUUUAAUUGGGCAGAAUUGAGGAAAGACUUUGUGCCAGUUAGAUGAGCUCAUGGGUCUGGGUGAGCCUCACAGAGGGAUGCAGACUUCAGUCUGGGACACUUGACUCUCUCUAGUUCACAGAAGCCUAAAAUACACUUCCUGGUCUCAGGGAACUUGGGAGCAGCAUGGAGAAGGUGAGGGGAGUUUAGCUCAUGUCUGGAGCCUUGGGCUUGGGCUCAGGGCCUGGUGGAGGGGCCAGAGGUCUGUUCCUUUCUAUCUAGGGCUCUGUCUUUCCAUGGCUGUCACCCACCUGACGCAGGCCUCACAGGUCCCCAUACCUUGCAUCCUCACCAUGAGCUUUGUUUUCAUUGUUGGGUUGGCAUCUAUGUUAUUUAAUCCUCUCAUUGGUUUGUAUGGGGUCUGAGUGCCUGCCUUUAGGGGUAGAGAGGCUCAGAGUGGUUAAUCACCUUUCCCAAGGCCACACAGCACAGAGCAGCAGAGCCAAGGUCAGAAUCCAGGUCUUCUGACCCAUGGCUCUUCCACAACACCAGGCACCUCCCAUCUUCUGUGUCUCAGAUCUCCUGGCUCCACAAACUACAUCAAACCACAUUCUGUCUGAGCCUACUGAAGUUCAUUAAGCUAAAGGAUUACACUAAGAAGGAUGAGGAUGAGGAAGACAAUUGCUGAAAUGAAACUGGCUGAAUCUACUUAUGAUUUCAUCAGUCAGUGUUUACAAGUGUGCAGGUAGGGUCUAACUCUUUCAUCCGUGAUGGAGUGCAGUAGCCUGGCCACAGCUCACUGCAGCCUUGAGCUCCAGGGCUCUUGAGAAGCUGGGGACUACGGGUGUGAGCCACCAUGCCCAGAUGGAGUCUCGCUCUGUCACCCAGGCUGGAGUGUAGUGGUGUGAUCUUGGCUUACUGCAACCUUUGCUUCCUGGGUUCAAGAAAUUCAACAUGAAUCAACUAAUGGCACACAGCCCUACCUGAUGAGGAAGCCUGAUGAGUGAGGAUAAUUCCACACCCAAGUCUGCAUCUCUCCCAAGAGAUAUCCCUGUUCGCUUCACUUCCUGAAGGUACUGUGGCUCCCAUCGUCCCACCACAUAGGCCUGUCAGUGAGAUAACUGUCAUCUCGUUCGGUUGCACUCAGCCUGAAUGUGUGUACAUCUACAAAUGCAGCUUCUUUGGGUUUAUUUACAGAGCUAGCACUUCUAGGCGUGGGCCCCAACUUCCUGUGUAAAGAUGAAAACUGCAAUCCUUCCACUUCAGCCAGACACAAAUAACUGGCUGGGAACCACCCAAUUGACUGGGACUUCUCUCGCUCCCUGCAUAAACCACCAGGGGAAGGCUGAGUUUAAUAGAGACUCAGACGACAAGAUUUAAAUAAAUAAGCUGUAUUAUCUGUACAAAAAAUACAAAUACAGUUUUGUGUUUUAGAGGAGAAAGUGCCUCCUUCCACAUUAGCCAGCAGGCUUCAUUGUCUUGUGGUGCUGCUGAGUUGCAAUUUACAGAACAAACAUUAAAUGUACAUUCAUCUCAUGCAAGGAGCACUCUGCUUCCCACCCAAACCUAGGCUCUCCCAGCUCACUGAGACCCACUGCCAACUGCUCCAACCCAACAUGGAGCUGGAGGAUGCUUGCUUGUUCUUUAGGAAAUGUAAAUAGUGACCAUUGCUUUUCAAUCGCUAGUGAACUAGAAAUAAUUAACCACAUUAGUAGUAGUAUGGAAUUUGUCUUUAUCAUUCCGUGCACAACUAUUGCGCCACAAAUGAAUUCUCUCUUACUGCCUCAGCAUCCCAUGUUAGUUUUUACAACACAUCCUGUACAGUGAAUGGAUCCAGAGUUAAACACCAGGUUCUAUUAAAAA